CCUCCCCUGUCCUCACCUCCUCUAGUCUGUCUAUCUCAGCUUCUUGAAAAUCGACAAGAUCAGAAACAUGGAAAGUUCAAAAGGAAAAGGGAUAAGAAUGGUUGCCGGAGCAUACUACAUACCAAAGAAAGACCAGGCUCUACAACUGAUCAAGGCGAGGAUGCCUACUUCCUCUGUGAAGAAAAAGAAGCCAUUGGUGUGGCCGAUGGGGUGGGUAGCUGGAUCCUCCAGGGCGUGGACUCCGGAGAAUAUGCCCUGCAGCUCAUGGAUAACGCUUGAGGCUAUCCUAUCAAUGGAGCCAGACGACGGAAACGUUGAUGAUCGGAUCUUGAAAAGAGUUUUGGAUCAAGCUUUCUCAAACACCAAGGCCAAAGGGUCAUCAACGGCUUGCAUAAUCAAACUUAUAGACAAUAUAUUUACGAUCGAGGUAGAAUCAGGAGACAUCCUAGUAGUCGGCACGGUCGGGCUGUUUGAUAACGUGUUUGACAAGGAAAUUAGGGAUGUUGUAAAAAUGGCGGUUGAGGUGGGAUGCAAUCCACGGCAGGUGGCUUGGGCGGUAGCCGAGCAUGCUUAUGACAAAUCCAUGAACAGAACAGCCUAUACACCAUUUAUGCAAGCUUCUUUAGCCUCUGGAAGAAGAUUUUUAGUUGGAAAAGUCGAUGAUAUAACUGUUAUCGUUGUUAAUAUUGUUGAUGCUUAG